ACACAUGGCAAAGCUGCUGGGAAGGGCAGCGUCAGAGGCAGUGGCAAGCUUGGCUUUGAGCCAGCACGCGACGACGACAGGCGGCCCGACUAUGCGAAUAAGACUGGCUUGCUGCCCAGCAAUAGCAACACCAUCGUCGAGGGAGUGACGACCUUUGUCAUAGCCAGCUCGCUCACAAAGAUGCCCAAGUGACGCCGCUCUGGCAGGUCGAUUUCACCGAACCUUCGAAGACAAGCUCGAACGAAGCGAAGAAGCGUCGCCGCGAUCACUCAGAGAAGUAGAUCCAUCUCAAGUAGGGAUUUGACGAAAUGCUCGACAAUAACCGCGGUUCGAUUGGCGCUCAGUACCUGCGAGAUGCCGAAGCGAACAAAGCCGCUCGGUCCGACGGGGCUGCGCCGACCACUGCAGCUCAGGAGGAUCAAGUGCAAUUAGCAAUGCAGCCAGAGCUCAUGCCGCGAAUUCACGGUCCUGCGAAGCUCCAUAUGAUGGGCUCUGAUCCGGUCGCCGAUAAAGAUACGACCAGAGGUUUCGUCUAUUCAGAGUCUCAACAAGCUAAGAGCAAAGCAAUGGCAGCGGUCGUAUUUAAGCCGGCCAGAGCCAGACUCAAUCCUUAGCUCAGCGCGCCGCCAACGAGAAUUGCAGAUGUGCGCCGCUGAGCCCCGUCACUCCUACCGAGCUACUUGUUGAGCUGUAAUGCAACGCUCGGCACCUUGCUAAGUCGCUAAGCGGAAUGAGCCGUCCGCUGUCCGACUGCUGUGCUGCGAAACAACAAUGGCGCUCUUGCUCGNGUCAUCUCUCGCAAGNGUUNCAGCAUGUGAAAUACUGCCAUGCAGGACGACUGACGAGACGGUACUAUGUGAAAUGUAUUUCGUGCCUGUGGAGGUCUGCGAGCAAGCGGAGGGAAAUUUCGACGCCUCAUCUUGGCUCCUCUGGUCUGCCUGAAGGCACGUUCGCUAAGAAUCGUCUCUAUGAGUGCCGUGAUGCCCGAGUCACUCGGCAAGCGCUUGUGUCGCGAGCUGCAACAGGCCCUGUGAUC